AUGAAGGCUCCAAUUCGAGUACCAUUAAAUAGAAACAAUAAUGACGAGGAGAAGAGUAAUUAUGCAAAUUUUAAUAAUACAAGAAUAAUCACCUUAUUUCAAGUGCCUCAAUAUGAACAAUUACAAAUACUUAUUUGUAAUGGUAAUUCAUUAACAACAUUAGCCGGUGUUGAACAUAUUAAACAUUUAUGGAAACUUGAUGUUGGAAAUAAUCAAAUUCGAAGUCUUCAACAUUUAUCACGUUUUAUAGCACUUGGUUCACUUAUACUUUCAAAUAAUCGUUUACAAUGGAUUGAAUUACAACAUAUUCGUCAUAUGUUUGUACUUGAUUUAAGACUUGAUGGAAAUACUAUAUUAGAUGCUGAUUCAAAUUAUCGUCAACAUGUACUUGAUUGUUUACCACGUAUUUGGAUGCUUGAUGGAAUUUUUGUUUCAACCUCUGAACGUAAUCAAGUUGAUGAAUUUUUUACACAAUCAUCAUUAACACAAAAACCUGUGCGACAUAAAUUAGCACGUGAUAUAUUUAUGCCAACAAAUCUAAAAGAUCGUGCGAUUAAUGGAAUAUUUGGAUCCAAAGCAACAGAAUUAUUUGCUAAAUUUCCAAUGAAUUGUUUUGUAAAUUCAGAACUUGAUAAGAGACGAAUCAAACAUUUAGCUUCAACAGUUCAAGAUUUAUUACUUACAGAAAUGAGAAAUGAUGAGGGAAAAAAACAUGAUGAAUUUCUUACGGAAAAUCGUCAUAUACUCUAUCAUAUGGUUGAUAUACGACAAAAUCAUGUUGAAGAAUUUAAUAUGUUUCUUAUACUACUUGUUACUCAUAUUCUCUUUGAAAUUCCUGUUGAUUUAUUAAAUAAUGUUUUUGAUAUUACACAUAUAAAAACCAUUGGAAAUUUAAAUAUUGAUCAUAUAUUUUCAUCAAGUGAAGAAUUAAAAUAUAUGAUUACAUCAUUGAUUCAUGCAGGUACACGACUUGAUCGAGAUGAAAAUCAUCCAUCAGCAUUUAAUGAUAAAUUAUUUAAUAGUCUUUCUAUUGUUAUUACUAAUCAAUUACGACAAGUAUCAACUUUAAAUACAAGUCAACCGUAUCCAAAUGGCAGCAUAGUUUCUGAAGCAAAAUCUAUGGUAUGUCUUGAAGUAAUGCAAAUAUUGAUAAUGUGUCCAUUAUUUUAUACACUUAUUGAUAAUUCAAAUGUAAAUUCAAUUUUAAAACAAGCUUUAGAUCGAUCACCAGCAUAUGGAAGUAUUAAAGAUGUUUUACAAAAUUUAACUGCUGAUGAAAAAUCAGCUGAAGAACAAAAAGAUUUAUUAAGUCCAAUUCUUGGUAAUAUAUUAAAAAUGACGAUGCGCACAUUAUCAACCAAAAAGACGAAAAAAAUAAAUGAACCAUUACUAGCAGAAACGACUAAAUCGGAACAUGAUGGUUCAAAUAAACGACAACAAGAACGUAUUAUAUCGUCACCAAAACCUUCUCAACGAGCAAAUAUUCAUCGUAUUCCUAGUAAGUCAUUGUUUGUUUGAUAUACACUUUCAUGGAAAUAUAAGAUCAUUACUUAUUCGAUGUGUCAUUUCAUUUUCUUUUCUAAAAACAAAUGUACUUAUUUGAAUUGUCAGUGAACAUUGAAGCGAUGUAAGUUUUAAUUUCCAGUUGUGCACUGCUUGCCUUUAUAGCAACAGGGAGAGGCCAACGAUCAUUGAGUACGUUUUCUUAGCAAUCGAGGACAAUAGCGAUCAGACUCCUUCCCUAGAGUUUCUUAGUAAUAGAAAAAGAUGCAGAAUGGUACUAACAACAAAACUUAGACUAUUUUCAAAGCCUUUCUCGAAAUUUGGAUGACUAGAAUACUUUUGUAAAUAUUCUAAAGAAUGCAAUUUUAGGUUUGUGUGCAAAUAAAAAUGUAUAUGUAAGAUGUUAAAGACUAUGCGUCGUAAUUAGAAAUGAACGGAACCACACGUUUUUUAUCCUGGCCUAGAGAAAACUAUUGCAGAAUUUAGUCGUACCACAUCUAAAAAAUUCUUCGGCACUCGUUUGUAUGAUUUACUCAGUCAACGACUAGCACUUUUUGGAUCAUCUCUCUUGAAUUAUAUUUCGAUUGAUGAUUUAUAUGAUAAUUCCGUUUAAAACCAUGGAAUAUUUAAGUGUAUUAUUUAGCUUUGAUUCCAGUCUCAGAAGCUUCUCUUUCACGUACUUUUGGAACUUAAAUUCAUUCUGAAUAUUUCUAGAAGUAAUGCAUUGAUUUGUGACAGUUGUCAGAUGGUCAACAUAAAAAACAUGAAUUGAUCGAGUUAUAAAUUUGAAAAAUAAUCAAUAUCAGUAUUUUUGAGCUCAUCGAAAAUUAUCACAAUGGAUGAUCGGAAAGUUUUUAGUAAGGUCUUUGUUCUCUUUUCGAAUAUGAGCUUAGAAAUUUUGUUUCAAUGUUUAUUUGACGGUAGUUCGAUGAUCUUUGAAAAGCUCAAAAAAUUAGUUCGGACGGAACUUUUAGAUAGAGACGUGUCUGUUUGAAAAUUUUUCAUGCAAACAAAUUUUUUCUUUUUUUCAAAGAUUAUUUUACUACUUUCGAACAAAGACUGAGAAAUCAUUUUUAAGUUCAUAUUAGACGAGAGAACAAAAUCAUAGCUUUUGACUCGUCGAAAAUACUUUCUAAUGGUUCAUGAGUGAACACACAUCUGAUCUAAAAACUUUUCCAACACUCAUUAGUGCGUUAAGAACUGUUGUAAAUAUAAACAAUGUGUACAGCAAGCUUAUUUGUCAGUU